AUGCUGCAGAUGUCUGAGGAGGUUCUGAAUGAGUUGGACCUGAAGAAGUACAGACAUCAGCAGGGACGAUUGAGACUGAUUCCAGCUGUGAGGAACUGCAGGAUGGCAAAACUUUCUGGCUGUGGACUCUCAGAGACUCACUGUGACGUCAUAGCCUCAGCUUUGAAGUCCAACCCCUCCCACCUCAGAGAGCUGGACAUGAGUCGGAACAACGACCUGAAGGAUUCAGUCGUGAAGCUACUGGCUGGACUGGAGAGUCCAAACUGCAGACUGGAGACUCUGAGAUUGAAGUACUGCAGUUUGUCAGAGAUCAGCUGUUCUUCUCUGGCCUCAGCUCUGAAGUCCAACCCCUCACAUCUCAGAAAGCUGGACCUGAGCGACAACAAAAAGCUGCAGGAUUCAGGAGUGAAGCUGCUGUGUGAUUAUCUGCAGAGUCCAAACUGCAGACUGGAGACUCUGAGG